AUGACCCAUGACUCCAUGGUCACCGUGCCCUUAUCCGGUCCACCCUCGCUUGCCAUCGACACGAAUAUCCCCGUACCGCUUGGUCCGAGCUGGCUAGGGAGGAGUACGGAAACGAUAGGGUCUGGGCAGCAAGAUGCGGUCUCCGACCUGUUGGCUACUUCGGCAGGGAGGAGUAGCGUGGCCGUGGACGUGGACGAUGGGACCACUCCGCAGGACGAUACCCCUAGGCCGCAGGAGGCAGUACGGAGCCUCGAAACCGAGUUACAGGAAUCCGGCGAUGACGAUGACGAGAGACAGCGAACCGUGGAUACCCCGACUCCCUCGACCCCGACGCGUGAGCCCUCGGUGAACUGGGACGAACUACAGAAGACUGAGAACGAACAGCCAAAGGAUGAGCAGAUGGGAAAUCUCAAAAAGAUGGUUACCGGACCCACACCCCAGGCUCUACGUUACUCGAUGCUACCGCCCCCUCCGAUGACCGAUUUAGAAUUCUACGCCGCGCUGGUGAAGGACUAUCAACAGACGGCCGAGAGGCUGCCUACCCUGUUAACGAACAAGAUCCGAAAGGGCAUACCGCCGCCCUUGCGAGGCGUGGUGUGGCAGAGCAUCUCGGACGCGCGUGACGCCGCUUUGGAAGAGGAAUACGACCGAUUAUGUGGCGAGACGAGCCCCGUCGACCCCGUCUUCAGCAAGGAGCUUGCCCGGAGCUUCCCGGUGUGGACAUGUUCCGCGAGCCUGGCUUACCUGGUAGGCCCGCUGCUGAUGCACAUGCCUGACAAGGCCGCCUUUUGCGUGCUCGUUCGGAACGAGGCCAAGAUCCUGGCAUGCACACGGCCCGAAGACGUGACCCAGCUUCUCCUUUCCCGCAGCGCUUGGGAUUCUUACCAUUACAACGCCGACGAAUUCGUUCACGACGUUAUCAGCCUAAGCGGACAGGUCGAACACGACAGGCUACUCUACCUAGAAACCACCUACAAGCAGGAAUUAUUAUCCAGAACGGAAUCGUCGAGGGGAACGGCCCAUGUUGGAGCCACGAGCGGUGCUAAUGUCGCGCUACGAACAACAGCCUCGGAGGAUAACGUCAACGCAGCAGCUUCGAGGUUCCUGGGACGCGGGUCGCCAACCAGGCCGCUAUCGUCGGCGUCAGCGUCGGGCAGGUCGGCGAACCUGAGCCCCCGGCUCGAGGCUCCGUCGACGCCCGUGGCGAUGCUGCGCCGGAGCACGUCGAAGCAGAGCCUGGCCUCUACCCUCAACUCGAUGGAAGCGAGCUCCGCCAGCGUUGCCAGUAGCGCUUCCACCAAGGCCACCAGCGUCUCGAGUCAGUCGUCGUCGUCGGAUAGCAUCAAGGGCGGGCGGUCGUCUACCGACAUCAUUGCCGGCGGUGGUAGCAGCAGCAGCGACACUAUCACGGCGACGGGAGGUUCCGUCGUGGCGGCCUCGGUCCCGGUCUCGGUCACCCCUGCACCCCCGGCGGCGGUCAGCCGCAGCGCGAGCACGGCCGGAAGCAACGAGACGGAGAAGCCGCGAUACAAUUCGAAUACUAAGACGUCCAACGAGAAAUACCUCAACGAUCAGAUCGAGGACCUUUUGACGGUGCUAAGCGAGCUACAAAGGAAUCAAGCGCUACUAGCGAGCCAGUUGAAGCAGGAGCAGGCAGAGCGCGCUGAGGAUAAAGAGGUCGUGAGGGUGCUGGUCAACCGGCUGCGGGCAGGCGCGGAUUCAAGCGAGGCCGGAGCGGAGCUCGGGGUAGUGGAGCAGAGGUUUGGGAUACAAGAAGGACAGGAUGGGCUCUCACCGUUGCCGUCCAAGAUGCAGCUAUACGAGGAGCUUACCGAGGCCAAGGAGAAGCUGGCGGCGGCGGUGGCUGAGUCGCAGCAGUACAGCAGACGCAUCUACGAGCUGGAUCAGGAGGCGGCAGGGUUGAAACAGACUGUGCGCGAAAGUCACGCCCACGUGAGGACGCUGCACCAGGACAAGCAGAGGCUUGAGAAGCAGGUGCAGCAAAUACGGGCUCGGCCCGCGGCGAGCGCCUCGAAUGACGCGGGCGGAAUCCGCGGUCGGGAUACCAUGACCGGAGGAGGCGGCGCUGACCGGCGUCUAUCAACGGUUGGCAGCGGGCUCCGCGAGUUCAAGCUCGGGCGCAGCGGGUCGCCGCCGUCGGUUCCUUCAGCCUACAGUAGGCGCACCUCAUCCCUGGCGCCCUCCAUUUCCGGUGGCGCCGCCGCCGGCAACGCGAACAACGAGGACGUGCUUCUCCGCGAGCUCGUGCAGGCCAAGACGGCGGAGGCCAUUGCCAAGGAGGAGGCCGAGGACGCGCGGCGCAAGCUCGACGCGUUUAGGCGGGCCUACGGCAUCGCGCCGGGUGCGGACCCGCCAGCCCCGGGACGGCGUCGGCCGCGUCGGUGCGACGAAAUCGGCCGGGGUGGUGGUGGGGGCGACGGGGACGACGACGACGAGCGCGGGAACCGGCGGAACGAACGGGACGGCGAAUAG